CAUAAUGUGGGUGCUGGUUUACAGCAGUAAAUGCAGUUGUGUACAAAAGUGCUGCAUAUAACUCCUUAUACAAAAACGUUUGACCAUUACCAUAUUUCUAUUAUAACAAUUUUGGCCACAUCCAUAAUACCCCUGUGUUUUAUUAUUCUAUUGCAUUCUCUAGUCUUCCACGUUGGUGGUAAUAUUGAUGAAAAGUAUAUUAACACACAGUACAAUACUGUACAUCACAGCUAAAUUUUUCUAAGUUUGAUUAAAGAAACAUACAAGAAGUUUGUAUAAAAGAACGAGUCUUCAAAGAUGGCUUCGACAUCUGUCACCCAGAAAAUAGAACAAGCAACGGCAGAAACGUUGCCAUCAGAAGAUUGGGGGCUUAAUUUAGAGGUGUGCGACUUGGUCAACGAGUCGGAAGAUGGUCCUCGGGAUGCCAUUAAGGCCAUCAGAAAGCGUCUGGCCACCCAGCCCAAGAACUACACAGUUGUCAUGUACACACUUACAUUGUUGGAGUCGUGCGUCAAAAACUGCGGGAAGCGGUUUCACGUUCAUGCUUGCAGUAAGGACUUUGUGCAGGAUUUAGUAAAGCUCAUUGGUGAGUGUCCCAAGAAUGAGCCUCCUGCUGCUGUGCAGGAAAAGGUUCUCCUCCUCAUCCAAGCUUGGGCAGAUGCCUUCCGUCACCAGCCAGAACUCUCGGGAGUUAGUCAGGUAUAUGCAGAACUCAAGUUUAAAGGUGUUGAAUUCCCCAUGUCCAAUCCGGACACCAUGGCUCCCAUCAUCACCCCGCAGCGAACAGCCACAGCGCCAGAGCCGCGUCCUCCCCGUGUACCCCAAGGAACUGUCACAUCGCCACGUCGCCCCAACCCCCACCAGCCAACGCCAACUCCUGCUGCUCCGGUAACUUUGACGGCUGAACAACGAGCUAAGUUGCACAGUGAGUUGGACGUUGUGGAAGCAAAUGCCAAAGUCCUGGGGGAGAUGCUAGGAGAACUCAGCCCUGGAAAGGAACACCAAGAUGACCUACAGUUAUUGCAGGAGCUACAUGCAACCUGUCGAGCAAUGCAGCAACGAGUGGUCGAACUGGUGGGUCGAGUCAGCGAUGACAUUCUCACUGCUGAUCUCUUACGUAUCAAUGAUGACCUUAAUAACCUCUUCCUUAGAUAUGAUCGUCACAUGAACAAGGUGAAAGGUAUCGGUAGUCCCACAAAAUCUCCACCGCAACUUCCUCUUGAGUCCCAACAGCCUUCAGAGCCACAACGCCCUUCACAGCCACAACCUGAGGUGUCCCUAAUAGACCUUGCCGAUGAUCCACCCUCUGCACAGCUGGCAUCAUUAACUGUAGGAAAUUCUCCAAAAGCGAAGAAAAACGAAGAUGCUGACUUUGAUAUGUUUGCUCAGUCCCGAACAGCUACUUACGAAAACACCAAGACUAGUGGCAGCACAUACCAGGACAACAUUGAAAUAGACGUGUCUUCGGUGCCCCCGAGCCGUGCAGCACAGUUGAGAAAUAACCCACAGCAGCUGUGGCAACUUAAAGACAGUGACUUUGAUGAGAUGGAGGCGUGGCUGAACGAACAACCAGCUGAUGCCAAGUCUGGAGCAGGUGCACGAGAAGAGACCAUUUCAUCCUCCGAGUUCGACCGAUUCUUGGCAGAACGAGCAGCAGCAGCUGAUGCACUACCAACCAUCACAGCUGCAACAGGAUCCUCAGGCCCGCGUCAACGAACAAUGGCUCGUGAUGAAAAAGACAAUCAGAUGUUUGCGCUUUAAAAUAAAUGUGAUACAAGAAAAACCAAAAUUACACAGCUUUUGACCUAAAUAUGGGUUUAAGCCAUGGUGGGACCCAAGGCUAAAGUAGCCUUGGCCCGCACGUGGAUGCUUGAAUGUAAAGAAUACUUAAGCAACUUGCAGCUCGAUGUGCUCGAUGUGCACAUCGAUGUGCGCAUCAAAACAUGAUGCUCGAUGUGCUUCAUGUUUCACUUCAUAACAAGUCUGCCAUAACAGUAAACUGCUUCAUGGUGAGUCUGGUUCAGCUGAUGACCUUGAAGCAUCCCAGACCAUAUCAUCCGAUAUAUAUAUAUCAUGUUCCAUGAUGAAUAAUAAUGCUGACACUACUGUAAUGCAGUAAUUAUUGUAAUAACCAUGGUAAAUGUUAAGCAGCUGAUGCCACAUACUAGAUAACUAUUUAUUCUUUGACACAUAAUUUAAAAAUCAUUCUUUAAAUUAUACUUGCAAACUACAGUACCACAUUUGCCGACUUAAAUUAUCUACAAAAAUUAUAAGUAUAUAUCAGGUAUGUGAUGUUUACUAUAACAUACUUUUUUUUACAAAAUAAUAUAAUGCAAACUCUUUAAGUACUAUACUAUAUUAUAUUAGAAAUUGAUAAAAUUUCUUCAUGUAAGCAAUGUAUACAACUUUAUUUUAAAUGAUUUUGGUAAUAAGUAUUAAGUUAUAUAGAUUUAUGUAUGCACUGUACAGUAAAUAGAUAUAGAUCUAUAUUGAUUUGCUCUAUAGCAAAAGAGGUCUAUAGAUAUAAUUCAGGCAUAUAGAUCUCAAUUUGAAUAUAAUGUACAUUGUAUACAGAUAUAGAUCUAUGUAUAUGUUCUGCACAUUGGUACAGUAUAUAGAUCUGUAUUGAUACACUAUAUUGAUCAAUGUAUGUAUGCCAUGUAUAUGCUAUAUUAAUCUGAAGGUGGAAUUUUAUUUGAAAUGCAUUUUAUUUUUUGAGAGUUGGAGCAUGUGAUAACUUCAUUGCUUGUAUCCCUACUCAGUCAGGUGUUUGAGACAUGAUCCUCCUUGUCAGUGUCAAGACAGUUCAUGGAGGCUUCCUGCUGGUGUAUGUAUUUCCUUGUGCCUUUUCUUCAUUCCAGUUUACUUGUGGUACUUACAUUCUUCACCAACUGAAAGCACUUUGACUGGCCCUCUGCGUCUAGUCAUUUCCUUGCUCUAUACACUAUUCACAACAUGGUAUGUUGUUUGAGUAAUUUCUUUCCUUUAAAUUUGGAAGAAUGUUUAUAUAAUAAGUCUCAUUUUCUACUGAAUGACAACUUUCUUUGCUGAUCUCUCUCGAGGGUGAAAGUACUUCACUGCAAUUAAAUAAAUAGCGUUCAAAAUA